GGUUUAUAGAUAUACCAGAAAUUGGCUGAGAGAGUGAACAGGUGCUACAUUGAUCCAACAGACAGGGGGAGCGUGAGCAUGGCGCCUUGAGGCAGCCAGCAAUGUGCUCAACGCCCUGCCCUUCUCUCUCAUCGAACCACCCAAGAUGCCUCCGCCUCCUCCACUCUCUCACUUCCGUCUCCAUGCCCCACCUCCUCCAACUCCACGCCCAAAUGCUCCGAAACCACUCUCUCUUCCUCUACCCCUUUGCAGCCGCCAAGCUCCUCGAGCUUUUCUCGCUCUCUCUGUGUGCCAAUCUUUGCUAUGCUUUCUCUCUCCUCACCCACCUCCCCAACCCCAACACUUUCUCCUUCAACACUCUCAUUAAAGCCUACGCCAAUUCCCCGUCUCCUGCACCAGCCCUCACCAUUUUCUCUCUCAUGCUUCGCUCCAACACAAACCCUAACUCCUACACUUUCCCCUUUCUCGCCAAGGCGUGCGCUCAUCUCUCUUCGAUCAAUCCAGGUCUCCAAAUCCAUGCUCACAUUGUGAAAUUUGAAGGAAAUUCACGAGUGUUCUCACAAAAUGGCUUAAUAAAUAUGUACUCUACUCAUGGAAAUUUCGAUGAAGCUCGUCAAGUGUUUGAGGAAAUGCCUCAUAGAGAUUUAGUCACCUGGAAUUCGAUGUUAUCUGGUUUUGUCAAUUGUAGUCUCAUCAUUGAUGCUCGUAAAGUUUUCGAUGAGAUGCCUCAAAGAACUAUAAUUUCGUGGAAUGCUAUGUUAAGCGGCUACAUGAAGUCUGGGGAUGUGACUUCGGCCAAGUUGCUUUUCGAUCAAAUGCCUUCUCGUAAUGUUGAGACUUGGAAUGCUAUGGUUGCGGGCUAUGCAAAGUGCGGUCUCGUGGACCAUGCGCUUGAGGUUUUCCAUUCAAUGCCUGAGAGGAAUGUAGUCUCAUGGAGCGCUGUAGUUAGCGCGUGUGCACAAGGUGGGCACCCACGCAAGGCCUUGGUGCUCUUUGGGGAGAUGAGAGACACUCAUGUGAGGCCCAAUGGUUCUGCUAUAGUGAGUGCACUAUCGGCUUGCACUCACCUAGGUGCGCUGGACCAUGGGAGGAGAUUACACAAGUAUCUAAAGGCUAACUGGACCAGGCUGGAUACCAUAGUCGGGACUGCACUCAUUGACAUGUAUGCGAAAUGUGGGUGCUUAGAGGAUGCAUCAAGCGUUUUCCAGUCAUUAGGGCAACAAAAGGAUGUGUUUGUAUGGACUGCUAUGAUUGGAGGGCUCGCUAUGAAUGGCCAUGGCCAAAGGGCUUUAGAGCUCUUUGGUUUAAUGGAGGAUGAGGGUGUAAGGCCAAAUGAGGUUACCUUUAUUGGUGUUCUAUGUGCUUGUAGCCAUGGGGGCCUUGUUGAGAGGUGUCGCCGAUAUUUCACCUCUAUGAGCAAAAUUUAUGGAAUUAAUCCUCAAAUCGAGCACUAUGGUUGUAUGGUCGAUGCGCUUGGUCGAGCUGGUCUUCUCGAUGAGGCCCGAGCUUUUGUUGAGGCCAUGCCAUUAGAGGCCAAUAGCGUUCUAUGGGGUACCCUUCUUGGUGCUUGUUGGAUACAUGGCAAUGCUGAACUUGGUGAAUAUGUGGUCAAGCACUUAGUUGAGCUGGAUCCUAAAGAUGGGGGGGUUUAUGUUCUCCUCUCAAACAUAUACGCCAGAGUAGGAAGGUGGGAAGAGGCGAAGGAGACUCGAAAACUAAUGCAAUCUAAGGGACUUCAAAAGAGCCCAGGCAUAAGCUCAAUAGAGGUUGAUGGCGUUGUUCAUGAAUUCUAUGUAGGGGACAAGUCACAUUGCAGGACAAAAGAGAUAUAUGCAAUGCUUGAAGAGAUGGCCUCAAGAUUGAAGCUUGUAGGGUACACACCCAACACAUCUCCAGUGUUGUUUGACAUAGAAGAUGAGGAGAAAGAGCAUGCAAUCUCUCACCAUAGUGAGAAGUUGGCAUUGGCCUUUGGGCUUGUAAGUGUGGGGUUGGGCGUGCCCAUUAGGAUUGUCAAGAAUCUCCGGGUUUGUCUCGAUUGCCACACUGUAAUGAAGCUUAUUUCUACAGUUUACAUUCGGGAAAUAAUCGUGAGGGACCAUAAUGUGUUUCACCAUUUCAAAGAGGGAUUAUGUUCUUGUAAAGAUUAUUGGUGACACCUGUGCUAAAUGGGAGCGUGGUUAUGCUGUUCUCCAUGUUAUGGAUCUAUGCCAGGAUCUGCAUCUUCAGUACUCAAGCAUUGCAGAUCGAAACUGCUUGGAGUUUCUUAUCCAUGAUUUAGAAGCCCCCUGUUUGGAUCGAGUCAGCUAAGGUAACAUAUGUCCUUGUUGAGUUCAUGGAUUCAACAUCAUUGGUUAAAUUGUUGAUGAUUGCAUAUACCACCCUCAAUAAAAAACACACAACGUUAAAAUAAAAAAUAAAAAAAUCUCGAAGCAGCGUGGUCUACUCAUGCGAUUCGUGUAUGGAAUCACAGGCUUGGUCUUUGAUGUAUGACUCGUUUCUUAGAAUACCUUCUAAAAACCCUCCAUAGAGGGUCUUGGUCUUUUGAUGAAUGCCUCGUUGGUUAGUAAGCCCUCUAAAGAACCCUUCAUAGAGAUGGUUAAAAACAGUUAUUUAGAAAUCUACAAGUCCGAUUUGGCCCUGACCCUGCAGGCAUUCUGAUUUACCGGUCCAGGGAUUCCCAUGUUGUAUUGGGCAACAACUUACAGUGAAAUAAAAGAAAAUAUAAAAACCAGAUUGUAUUGGGCAACUACUUACAGAGAAAUAAAAGAAAAUAUAAAAAUCAGAAAGAAUUAGGGCGAUUCAGCAUUUCCUCGAUCAUCAUUGGUUAUUUUUAAAUCAGUGGUUGGAGGUCUUCGUGUAGGACUAAAAAAGGAAAAAUAAAAUGAGAGAGAUGGAAGGAAAAAAGAAAAAGAUAAGAGAUGGUGUUUUUUUUGUCGAUGGAAAAG